AUGCCACUACACGUUGAAUCCAUUACCCAAGCCGACAUCCCACGCAUGGUCGACAUCCAACAGAUGGCCAUGGGAGCCAGUGCCUUCUUCCGCAGUACAGGCGAUGUGCCCAACAUAGACGGGACACCGGAAGAGGUAUCUGCGUCGCCUUGCAGGGCAAACAAGAUAUCUCGAGUCUCGGAGAACUGGGAUAAAGAUCCCACCUGUUAUUUUUUGAAAGCUGUUGACGACGACUCGGGGGAGAUGGUUGCGUUUGCCAAGUGGCAUGUUUACCAUGGGGACGAGGGACUGACGAAAUGGCGCGCUUCUGUGAGAACGGAUGAGGGUAUGGAGAUUCCGAUUGGAGCAAACGAGGAAGGCUUUCGAUUUUGUAAGGGCAAAUUACUGGAAAGACGGAGAGAGUUUUUUGGAGAGGAGGGGAGAGAUCAUUGUUUGCUGGCAUUGCUGGCUACUGAUCCUCGUUAUGAGCGUCGUGGAGCAGCUUCUCUUUUGACACAGUGGGGUUGUGAUGUUGCCGACAGACUUGGAAUUGAGUGCUACCUUGAGGCCUCGAAGAAGGGACACCCGGUAUACAAGAGAAAGGGGUUUGAAGAGAUAUCUUCUCAAGAGGACAAGAGUAUUAUACACUUCGACGCUAGUAGGUUUACAGGUCGGGGAGGGAGCGACGGUGACUGGGUGAACUUGAUCUGCAUGGUGCGAAAAUAUGCUCAAUGA